GCCCCCCCGCCCGCGACCCACCCCGGGGUCCCUCCAGGCCCCCCCGCCCGCGACCCACCGGUACCGGCACCCUCUCCUGUCCCCCACCGGGACCCCGCUCCUGUGCCUCAACCGGUACCGGGACCCCUCUCUUGCCCCCGAGCCGGUACCGGGACCGCCCUUCCCCUCCCGCACCGUGCUGGGUCUGCCUCCCGCGCCAGUACCGGGUUCCCUUCCCAUCGUCUUCUUCCAGCCGCUACCGGGACCCCCUUCCCACCCCCCAUUCCUCCGUUGGCACCGGUGGGCUGGAGACCUUUCCCCAGCUGGCCUUCCCCCCCCGCUUUCUGCCCCCCCUCCCCGGGGAGUGGGGACCUACUGGCUCUAGGGUCCCUGUCCCCUGCCUGGGGGGGGACAUCUGCCUCCCCAGGAGCUGCCCGGGCCCCGGGCUGUUGCCCUGUUCCUGCCCUGGAGCCCAUGGGGAAGCAGGGGGGUGCCCCCCGGAGCCCAUGGCAGGCGGAUCUCCCCCAAACUCUGCCCGUUUCUGGCAUGCUUUCCCUGGUGGAGCCACAGGGAUCUCGCCUGGAUGGAAACCCUGCCCCAAGCCCUCUGCACGGGUGUCUGGGUCGCCCAAGGGAUCACGUGUUGGCCACACUGGGCUGGAGCUGUGCCCUGCUCCUCUGGUGCCUGGUGCGCCGGGAGGAGGUGGCCAAGGCUGGAAAAGGGUCAGGAGAGCUUGUGAUCCUGUCGGGGGGGAGCUGGGGUCUGCUGCCUGUGUGACCCUGGACAUGGGACCCUGGUGCCGACUGGUAGCUUGGCUGGCGGUAGUUGGCUGGGGACAAGGAGGUGACAGCGUGGGUAGAUGCUGAUGGCGGCGCUGCAGCCCUGCUCCAGCUGCUUGUUCUAGAGGCCUCGAGGAAAACUCUUGGCGACAUCUCCUCAGUUCCCACUCACGGCCGAUUUCUGGGGCAGCUUGGUCUCACGUUGAGACCCCGGCCUCUCUCGCUGCCGUGGCACAGUCUGACUCCAGCUCAUUCACGCCCGAGGGCAGCCCUUGGCCCGCCAGGGUGGUGGAGUGACAUCGGGGAGCUGGGGCAGGAGGACACCUCUGCAGUGACUUUCCCCUUGCAAGCCGUAGCCUUGCACGACUCCUCUGCCGCUGCGUGACGGUGCAGCUCUAAGUGUGUUAGAGGCCACCUGGGAACCCCCCGAAGGAGAGAGCUGCACUGGGAAGGGCUUAGUCAUUGCUCCUGUGAAGAGGCAGCACGUGUCAGGCAGGGACAAGCCGGUGGCUGUGUUCCCGUGCCUGGCCUGGCGCAGCCGUGGAGAUUUAGCAGCGUUUCGUAGCCUGGUCUGGGUGACGUGGGUUUGCAAGGGCGAUUGGUAGGUGGACGGGACGAGGAUGGUGCAGUUGCCCUUCCUGCAGGCUGAGGAGCAGCACGAAGAGUUUUAGAUCUCCGCUGACUGAAGGUAUCGGUCUGUGUGACACUGCUGGCAGUUCUCCCAGGCUUCAGAAGAGAGGUCUCAUCUGUGGGUGGAUGUCUGCCCCCAUGCUAAUGGUGGGCCCCGGAUCUGCCUAUGGAUGCGGCUCUGUGUGGGUGAUGAGGGUAGGAACAGUAUUUCCCACAGGUUCCCAAUCCCUGCAAACGGUGCCCUGACAGCUCCUGCAUGGCCAGGGCUGCUGCAGGUGACAAGGGCAUCUUGGCUUGCUGUGACCUAAGCGGUGGCCCAUUGCAGCCGUGGCCCCUCUGGGCAGAGCGCUGGAGAAGUUGUUUGCUUUGUGGGGGCCGAGUCCAUUUGCCUCACUGUGGGCCUGCAGAGGUGUCCGGAGACCACAGGUGACAGGGAGCUCCCAGGCCCCGUCCCGCAGGUGACAGGGAGCUCCCAGGUCCCCUCCUGUCCUAGUUGGGAGGGGGCUCGGUCCCCUGGUGUGGUGUGUGCAUGGAGGAAGGAGGCGGAGGAGGUUCCUGUGGGGUUGUGCUGCCCGGUCCGAGCCACGUGCCCGCAGUUCGGACUUGCUGCUGCUUGUUCCACGGGGCAGAUUCAGAGCAGCUUCAGCGCUGAUGCAGGUAUCCGAGCUCCUUCCCCUGUCAGGGGGUGCUGGGUGGGGUUUUGGUGGUUUCAACUCAGGCUGCCGCUUUGCUCAGUCUCAGCGACGCUCCCCUUUAUCGCUGAGCAAAGGGGAGACAGGAACCAUCUGGCUGGAGCCGCUGGGCUCUGGGCACGUCGCUCUGUGCCGGAGCAGCAGCCUGCUCUCCCGCGCUGCAUGCCACCAGCCCCGAGGCUGGCUUCCCUGCAUUUCCUCUCUGCCACUUUGAUUUCUCAUCUCUGCUCCUGCAGGCGUAAGGACCUCGAGAGGAGGUGAGCUGGGCUCUAAUUCUGUAGCUCACCCACUCGCUUUACUCCCACGCAGCCUGGAUGUUCAGUGCUGGUGAUUGUUUGGCUCCAUUUAUCUGUCCCUCCGCUGCAGCCCAGGCAUGCGAGCCACUCUUGGCCCCUGGCCGCAGGUCUCCAGGCAGCGGCUUUGUCCGUGCAUCACGGCUCAGUUGCAGACACGUGCGCAGGUCGCUGUUUGGCGUGUGUGGAGGAGCGCUUGAAGGGCGCGCGGCAGAGCUCUGCUCCCGCAGAGCGGCUCCUUCCCCGCACAGGCGAGCAGAAGGACAUGGGUUUGGUGUGAGCAUCCUCGAACCGCGCGCCAAGCCGCCUGCUCUGUCCGGUUGCUCCCAGUGCUUGUCUUGGAGGUAUUUAGUCCUCGGUGUUGGGGCUGUCCUAUAGGUUUGACAGCGCUGUGGGUCAGCGGGGAUGGCUGUAAGCAGCAGCCCAGUACCAGGGAGCAGGGCUUGGCCCAGGGCACCCGGGAGCUGCCGGGAUGCCGAGGGCAGGGCGAGCGUGGCCAGAGGCAGGUCGGCAUAGUGGACGUUGAGCCUGUUAGACCUGUGGGAAGGAUCCAGGUCGGACAGCCAGUUCCACACCCUCUGGUGCAGGCUCUGCUGUUUCUUCCAUGGUUAAGGCUCCUCUGAGCAUCUUCAAAUCUGUCCUGGAUCCCUCUAGGGAGGGCAGCCUGAGGCGAGCAAGGUUCUCUGGGAGCGGGUGUGCAGCAGAGCCUGUGUCCUGCCCCAGGGCCACGGUCCUGCUCCCCCCUCUCCGGGCUGGGAGGCCGCUGGUUCCUGCCGAGGCACUCGACGCUGCUCCCUGUGCCCCCAGGUUUUGCGGAGAGUGCCUGCAGCCCUGCCUCCAAGUGCCCUCCCCGCUGUGCCCGCUCUGCCGCAUGCCCUUCGACCCCAAGAAGGUGGAGAAGGCCUCCAACGUGGAGAAACAGCUAUCGUCCUACAAGGCUCCCUGCAGAGGCUGCAGCAAGAAGGUAACCCUAGCAAAAAUGCGGUCUCAUGUCUCAUCCUGUGCGAAGGUGCAAGAGCAGAUGGCCAACUGCCCGAAGUUCGUCCCUGUUGUCCCCACGUCCCAGCCCAUCCCCAGCAAUAUUCCCAAUCGCUCGACGUUCGUAUGUCCGUACUGUGGGGCCCGGAACUUGGACCAGCAAGAGCUAGUCAAGCACUGCAUGGAGAACCACCGCAACGACCCCAACAAAGUGGUGUGCCCCGUCUGCUCAGCCAUGCCCUGGGGGGACCCAAGCUACAAGAGCGCCAACUUCCUGCAGCACCUCCUCCACAGGCACAAGUUCUCCUACGACACCUUUGUGGACUAUAAUAUCGACGAGGAGGCGGCGUUGCAGGCUGCCCUGGCGCUGUCGCUCUCUGAGAACUGAAGGUGACUGUGGAGUAUCGGUUCGAACCCCCCUCACACCCCUUCUCCUCUUGCACACUCGGCCUUCCUGCCGAGGAGGUACGGAGCUCGUUGGCCCUUUGGCACCCCCAGAGACCCGCUGCCUCUCUUCCGACUUCUCUCUGGGCUGAUCCCACCUUGUUUAAGAAGGUGGAGUCUCUUUAGCAUCACACUGGAUCGGUGAGUGAGCAGAGACGUCCGCUGUUGGGAGGAGAGAGGUGUCCAUGCCGAAGGACUGGGAUUGUUCCUCGUUUGGGCGUUUCAUAUCCAUAUACGGAGUAUAUACCUGUAUCCAGAUCUAUUUAUUAUUAGAUGCUUUUUGGCACCAUUUGUCUUCAUGCUCUUUGUUGCAAUUUAAUAGGUAUGUAAAACUAUGCUGCAUUUUAUGCAAAAAUGCCCUAGUUUUAAACUGGAAUCAUCCAUGUUCUUUUAAAAAAGGAAGAAAACAGCAUGGAGAAUUUUUUUAAACCCCAUAAGGCUAUUUCUGGAGAUGUUGGUCUGUCCUGUCCCCCACACUGUGGGCAAGAGCUGCCUUGUUUUCCUGCUACUGCACAGGCAAGGCCAAAAGCAGACUGGGCUAAAUCCCGAAGCGAGACUGUUGUCCUCAUGCGCACUGUGACCCCAGAGGGUUUGGAGGAGUCUGCAGGGAGCCAUGGACUGUCCUGGCAUCCGGCGUUCAGUGAAACUCUCGCCUUUCUCAUUUUGUACUAGCUCUUGUGAUACUAGGAGUUCUUGCAUUUUUUCUACAUUAAUCAGUGUGAUACCUUUUCCACGUUUUAUAGAGCAGGAACAGAAGCUGUUACUCUUCACACUGCAAUAUCUGUGACUGGGGACAAGAGUAUUUUUAUGGAACAUUAUUAAGAAAGUAUAUUUUUUAAAAAAAAACAAACGAACACGCUGUGGAUUUGCAGUCGGGCGGGAGGGAGAUGCUGGACCCUGGGCCUGUGGGUGGGACUCUGCCUGGGCCAUGGGAAGUGCAUGGGUUUCCUGUUUCGUCGUUUCUGGGCCGUUCUAUUCCUUCAUCAGUUUGUUUCUCUGUAAGCGGGUGAUGUUGCAGGAGAGGCCAGGUCCGAUGGGCAGAGCUUGUUGGCUGCAGGAGCAGAUCGGAAGCAUAGCUAGGCCAUAGGGUCCCUUUGGGAAGGGAACUGAAUGGUAAGGUACGAGCAGUGUGCUGAGUGGCUCACGGGGCUGCCUUGUUUGGGGGAAAAGCAGCCCCGUUUGUGUUCUCCAAGAGCUGGUCUGCUGGCUGCGAUCUUUGGGCUGUUGACCCUCUCCAGUGUGCAUGGCCGGGCUCCGCGUGUUCGUGCCAGGUGGGAUGGCUAGAGCAGCUCUCGCUCAGUGCUCAGCUGGCUUUUUGCAGUGCUCUGUGCUGUAAAUGCAGGCCUAAUGUUGAUGGAUGGGUUUCCCUCCUCUGCCUGGAGUUUGAUCUCUCAAAUGCUUGUAAUUAAAUGAUGCGCUGUGAUGUUUGAGCAUGGAGCCAAGAGCAGGGGGUCCAGUCCUCAGUGCUGGGCUUGUGAAAACUCUGCCAGGAGUUGCCUAGGUUUGAUUUUCCUCCAUCUGGGACUGUUGGGAACCCACAGAAACCUGCAGCGCUCCUGUAACUGUAACUUCUUGGCAAAAGAGAUCUAGCAUGGCACCAGAAGAAGGAUUUCACUGUGAGACUUCAUACGCCAGACUCCCAACACAACAAGCAGCGUUAACGUCUCUGUAGGCAGAGCUGCUCCGUGGUGGGAGCAGGUGCCUGGUGCUGGAUGUGGCCGUGGGCAGGACCUGCGAUAGGUGGUGGGUGUAAUCCAGAGUGGCAGUUUCCGUUUGCGAAUGUGCAACCAACCAAGCAGGCGGGUUAGUUGCAGCCAGCUGACAGGCAGUGCGGAGCGGCUGGGUGGUGUCCAGGUGAUGGGUGUGUGGGAGGGACAUCUGCUUGCGGUCUCUGUGCUAGAAUCCCUAAUGCCAAGCAUUUUGUCCCCCAGCAACACAGGAUUGCAGCUCCCUCCCCCAGGAUUCUCUGGAAAUAAGGCGGAUCUGGGCAGAUGCUGAUCCGAGAGAUGCUCCUUAGCCUCCCUGUGACCAAACGUGCGGUAGAAAGCACCUGCGAAGCAAGCGCUGUGUCUCCAUGGUGCCCUCGCGUGAUGUGGUGCCCCGGCCCUAGGCAGAAGGGACAGCUCUCUUCCGCUCGCUCUCAAGCUCCUGCCCUUGUGAUGCAGUGGGAUGGCCAUGGCGUUUUGUCCCUGCACUGGUGCAGGUUACGUUGCAGGACUUAUGGAAGAGGCCGUGCCCUUCCCCACGCCUGGCCCCUUCUGCCGUUUGCACCCUGGCUGUGCUGCAGCCUGCCCAGGCCAGCUGACCCUGUCACACGUGGUCCCCUUGCUCUCGGUACGUGCUGCUGGUUGUGUCUGCUCCGCUCGGCUGGGAGCGGGCGGCAGGGAGAUCCCCUCUGCCAGGCGUUGGGCCAGCCGCUGCUGUCCUCAGCGUGAUGGAGCAGUCCCUGUGUGCAGCAAAAAUCACUUCCCGUCUAAAGAGACGUCCCUGGAGCCGUGUGCUGGGCCCUGCCAUCCUUUAGGGUCACGCUGACAACGGGAUCAGCACAACCCUCAGUGAAUUAACCGCAGCGAGGCAAUGAAGUGCGCAGACCUGCUAAUUCAGCACUGACCUUACAGCCGAGUCAAAGUCUCAUUCCCCCAGGGGUUUGCAGAGGGGGUGGGAGAGCGGGCAGGCGGGCAGCAGCCCCUCGCCGCGCGCUGCCGGGGUGCCGUGGGACGCCGCAGGAGGCACGGAUCCACUCGAGAGCGGACCUGGUAGAGGUUGCGCUGGUUUGUGUAGAGGUCAGGACUGACUUCUUCCCACCAGCUCUGCUUCUGCUCUGGGAUUAACCAAGGUAUCGCUAAAGGUCAGGGUGUCUGGGGGUCGCUCGCCGGGGGUCGAGGCUGGGAAUCCCUCUGCGAAAGGUGCUGCGGGCAGGCUGGAGGCGAACAGCUCCUCUAGUCCUCCGGCAGUUGCUUGCUUGCGUGAGCUGCCCUGGUGGACAAGGCUCUGCCUGGCCAGAGCUGUCGGGGUGGAAGGGCCCUUGGUUUAACGUCUUGGCCUUUGGGGUUUGGUUUUGUCGGGCCAAAUCCAUAGCCCUGCAGCACAGGGGGUCUAGGGGUUUGGGUUGCCCCCAGAGGAUGCUGGGUUCGGUGUCGGGUGGUCCUUGCAGGGCUUGUGCGUGGGUUUGGCUGUUCCCCUGCUGAGCCUGUCUUAACCGGGAUGGGGGGCAUGUCGGUGUCCUCGGUGGUCUGUUUGUCCUGGGUAUCUCCUGUGCCUGCUGAAUCUCUGCCGCUAGCACGCGAUUCAAGCAGGAGAGGGGGAUGCAUGGGCUGUUCUCCAUGCCCUGGGAAGCAGAUGGAGGGGCUGCCUCCCAGCACAGAAAGCAAUCCUCUCUCGGGCCUGUCAGUAUGAGAAUGGCCUCCCAAAGAAUCGUGUCCCAGCUCGGAAAAUGCUGGAGCUCUUUGGGGCUGUGGGCUGUCUAAGCGCCUUUGCUGUGGGGUCAGGCUCUGUGCAGCAGCUAUGUGGAGGUGUUUGACCCCCUGUGUGUGCUGACCUGUAGUGAUACGACUUAAAAACGGUACUGAAACCCCUUGUUGUGUCUGCCCUGGGAGGAGACGUGCUCGUGGUGGGUUACUGCCGUGCAGCUGAUGCCUCGUGCCUCGAGUGUGCCGGAGGCUCGGCUGCUGAGCUGUCCCCGCAGCCCUGCGUGUCGCUGCUUGGAGAAGCCCCCUUUCUUGGUUUAUCCAGGAGACCUGGUUCCUUCCAGCUCUGCUUUAGCAAUACUGUCUUUUUUUUUUUUAACCUUGAUCUAAAUAGUACUGAGUGUUUUGCAGGGCUCUGAGCUUCCCGGUGCCACUGGCAGCCCUGCAAGGAGCCUGCAGAGCCAGACGGGCCCCCUCGCCCCGUCCGGUCCCCUUGCUGAGGGCUCAACGGACGCAGGCCACGUGGAAAGGGCUGGAGCUGCUCUGCUCCCAUUCCUCGAGUGGGGUCUAGCGUGAAGGGACGGUGUCUUCCCUUACCAGCACGGCAUCCUCAGCAAACUGAGCGUCCCCUUGCCCUGCCCGGGGCUUCCCUGCAUUCCCUUGGGGACGGUGAGCAGCGGGAUCUCUUCCACCGCGGUCUCCCGGGGGGCACCCCAGCUGCACGCGUGGGAGCUGAGCCCGUCUACCCGCCUCAGGCUGUCCGAGGCGGCGCUGCUAACGUCUAUGUUUCCUUCCUUCCUGCCCUGGCGAUACGAGAGCAGGGGCAACAACGGCUGCUUUUGUAAAGCACUUUAAGGCCCAGGCUGCUGCGCUCUGCAGGUAGCUGCCUCGCGUCUCUCGCCUCCUCUCUGCAAGGGGUUUGGGUACGGCCGUGCCGGCAGGCCGUGGUGCCGGCCGGGCUGUGCCCGCGGCACCGGGCGCAGGGAGGCUCCCGCCGUGCCGGUGGCCAUGCUGUUCAGUGUGUUACUUGUGACUUUUUUCAUAACAACUAGAACUUUUAACGAGACGUACUGUUUUUUGAAGAAGAAAAAGAAAACAAAAAUCAAUGAUGUAUUUGUAGCAAACCAUUUUUCUCAAUAAAGGCAGUUUCAUCCA